AUGGCUACGAACAUUACAUGGCAUCCUAAUCUGACUUACACUGAGAGAUCAGAUCUGAGAAAACAAAGCGGCGCAACGAUUUGGUUGACUGGCCUCAGCGCGUCCGGAAAAAGUACAAUUGCUUGUGCUCUCGAGCAACUACUUCUCAAAGUAGGUGUUGCUGCCUACAGAUUGGACGGUGAUAACAUCAGAUUUGGCCUCAACAAGGAUCUGGGCUUCUCAGAAAAGGACAGAAAUGAAAACAUUCGCAGAAUCUCGGAAGUUUCCAAACUGUUCGCAGACUCGUGUACUAUCUCAAUAACAUCUUUCAUCUCUCCUUACCGCGUUGAUCGCGAUAAUGCAAGAGCCCUACACAGGGACGGUCACCUUAAAUUCAUCGAGGUCUUCGUUGAUGUGCCUUUAGAUGUCGCGGAGCAGAGAGAUCCAAAGGGUCUUUACAAAAAGGCCAGAGAAGGGGUAAUUAAGGAGUUCACAGGUAUUUCGGCGCCUUACGAAGCCCCAGAAAGUCCCGAGAUUCACUUGAACACAGACAAACAAUCUGUGGAGGAGUGUGCUCAGCAGAUUUUUAUUUACCUGAAAAAGGCAUCCAUAAUUUAA